AUGAGUUCUUUCCUUGCGUACUCAAAACGUACUGGACUUGAUGUGGCAUCAACAGUCUACGUCGGAACCCAUUAUGAGUACACAGUCUCCUCGACACUGGCCCAAUACGGCAUCCACGCCAUCCGUGUAGGCGGAGCUUCCGACCAAGGCAUCGACCUCCUCGGCACCUGGAGUCUUCCGUCCCGGGCUGAGAAUUUAAAGGUCAUUAUUCAGUGUAAAGGAGGUGCCCAACGCGUCGGCCCUUCAAUAGUCAGGGAAUUGGAAGGUUCCUUCAUCGGCGCCCCUGUGGGCUGGCGUGGCGAAGGAGUCAUUGCCUUCUUGGUCAGCGAAAAGUCGGCGAGCAAGGGCGUACGAGAGUCUCUGGGACGAAGUCGCUGGCCCAUGGGCUUCAUCUCGUCCUCCAGGGAAGGUGUGGUCCAGCAGAUGCUCUGGAAUCAACGGGCCGAUGAGGAGGGUCUGCGAGGUAUUGGUGUUACGAUGCGUCAUGCCGAUAACGGAGUGGGCGAGUCGCAGAUUGUCUUAACACACAAUGGAAAGCGAAUCUCCAAAUGUUCAGGGACAGAAGUUCCUGAGGCGGACUGA